AUGAACAUGAAAACUGUGCUCAUCCUCCUCAUUCUGGCUUUAGCCACGAUAUUUGCUUUAGUCUGUGUGUUGCUGACCAGAGGAGGGGCCCCCAGCACCUGCCAGCACCAGCCCCCUGAGCAGGAGGACACCGAUGACGGCCAGAGCCUGGUCUUUGCCGAUCUGACGCCUGAAGAGAUGGUGCAAGUGGUGCGGUACCUGCAGGGAAACCUUGGGGUGCAGCUGGUUGAUGCCUCGCGUGCAAAGCCCUCUGACAACUGCAUCGCCUCCAUCGACGUGCAGGUCCCCGCCAAGGCAGAGGUGCUGCGGUUCCUGGAUGGUGGGGGGCCUCGCCCCCCCCGGGAGGCGCUGGCUGUGCUGUACUUUGGGAACCAGCCAGACCCCAACGUCACGGAGUAUGUGGUGGGUCCGCUGCCAACGCCGGUGUAUCACCGGGACGUCACAGUGCAGAAGUAUGGGGGGAAGGUGCCAUACUACCGCAGACCUGUUACUGGCAAGGAGUAUAUGGAUAUCAAUGCCCUCAUCCAGCGGGAGCUGAGAAAGGCACCACGCUUCCUCACUGCAUGCUGUGAGUCCAACGGGACUGACCUGGCCAUCCUCACGACAGCCCCACGGGGCUUCAAAUCCGGCGACCGCGAGACCUGGUUUGUUCUCUUCCAUGGCGUGGCUGGCACCGGCUACUACCUCUCGCCAGUGGGGCUGGAGGUACUGGUGGAGCACAGAGACCUCCACGUCUCCCGCUGGCAGCUACGCCAAGUCUUCUACAACGGCUGGUACUUUUCCAGCACGGAGCAGCUGGAGAAUGCGUUUGUGGCCAACUUGCUGGAGGUCGUCAGGAUUGAGAAGCCCCAGGCUGAAACCGUGCUGGGCUCAAUAAGACCCCGGCGCCUGCCCAGCUCCCUGGGACCACUGCAGUACGAGCCCCAGGGUCCCCGCUACAGGGUCAGGGACAACCGGGUCACCUUCCAGGGCUGGAGCAUUGCCUUUGGCAUGAACCCCAACUCCGGCCCACGCCUCUUUGACAUCAGGUACCGUGGGGAGAGGAUUGUCUAUGAGCUGAGUCUCCAAGAAGCCUUAGCCCUAUAUGGCUCCAACUGCCCCGGAGGCAUGUUGACCCGCUACCUUGAUGGGAGCUUUGGCAUUGGCAGGUUUGCCUACGAGCUUGUCCGGGGCCUUGACUGCCCCUACACAGCAACCUACGUGGACCGGCACUACCUGGCGGAGUCAGAGACCCCCAAAACCAACCAAAACUCGCUCUGCAUUUUUGAGCAUGACGCAGCCCUCCCUCUGCGGCGCCACUUCUCCGACUCUCAGUCCUUGUACUACGGCGGGCUGCGGAAAAACACACUGGUCAUCCGUGCCAUCUCCACUCUCAUCAACUACGACUACAUCUGGGACUUCAUGUUCCAUGGCAGUGGUGCCGUGGAGGCCCGAGUGCAUGCCACUGGCUACAUCAGCUCCUCCUUCCUCCAUGGCCGAGGUACCAACUACGGCAACAGGGUUGGGCCCUACACGCUGGGGACGAUGCACCUCCACCACAUCCACUACAAGGUGGACUUGGAUGUCGACGGGCAGCUGAACUCUCUGGAGACUCAGGACAUGGGGUAUGAGCUCGUGAAGGAUCCCUGGAGCAUGCAGAACACCAUCGAGCGGCUGUACCUCCGCAGGGAGAGGCUGGAGAGGGAGGAUGAGGCGGCGUUCCCGCUCAACGCCCCCAUGCCCCGCUACCUCUCCUUUGCCAGCCCCAAGCCCAACAAGUGGGGGCAUCCACGCAGCUACCGGAUCCAGAUCGCCAGCUUUGCCGGGGAGCACCUGCCCGCCAGCAGCCCCAUGGAGAGGUCCAUCAGCUGGGGCAGGUACCAGCUGGCUGUCACCCGGCGGAAGGAGGAGGAGCCCACCAGCACCAGCAUCUACAACCAGAAUGACCCCUGGACGCCCACUGUCGCCUUUGCCGACUUCAUUGACAACGAGACCAUCAUCAACGAGGACCUGGUUGCCUGGAUCUCCGUGGGAUUUCUGCAUGUCCCUCAUGCCGAAGACGUCCCCAACACGGUGACUGUGGGGAAUGGCGUCGGCUUUUUCCUGAGGCCCUACAACUACUUCAACGAGGACCCCUCAGUGGACUCACCUGAUGGUGUCUACUUCAGUGGUGAGCAGGAUGCCGGAGCAUGUGGGGUCAACCCCCUUGCCUGCCUGCCCCCCGCCACUGCCUGCGCCCCCCACCUGUCCCCCUUCCACUAUGGGGGCUUCCUCAACCUCAGCCUGGCCCCACCGCCUGGCGGGCUCUGA